AAUGUCAUCAUGGCGGUACAAGUAGUCACGGCUGUUUGUACAUAGUUAAAAAUUUUAUCAUUUGGAAAUAAGUUAAAUACCGUGAGUAUAAUAAUGCAUCAAUGGAAUAUUUAAUUGCAUCUAAUCUACAGACUAAACGUCGCAAAUAUGGAUAAUAAUGGAGCUCAUAGCAUUAUAAUAUUUGUGAUGCUGAUGGGAUUAUUUCAAUUCACUGGAGGUCAAUUAUUACAAAAAGAACAUCGUACACAUGCUGCAACUGAGCGUGCAAAUGAUCUUUGGUGUUAUCAAUGUGAUAGCAUGGAAGAUGGUGAACAAUGUGUUGAACUUCAUGAUAAAAAUCAAACAUCACUUGUAAAAAAGUGUAAAGGAGAUAAAAGAAUUUGCAUUGUAAAAAGAUUUUCAUUUACAACAAGUACUGAAAAUUCAACUUCCGAGCCAAUGAUGUGGGCUAUUGAAAGAAAUUGCACAAAUAAAUGUGAACCAGGUUGUAUUGUUAUUGGUGAAAGAACAAAAUUAUAUGCAUGUACAGCAUGUUGUGAAAAAUCAUAUUGUAAUACUGGAAAAGGUACAGCUAAUGAUCUUGGUAAAAGAGAAAUUGGUUUUAUACUUGCUCUAAUAUUACAAGGAUUAUUAACUUAUGCACUUUAUCCAGCGUGAUGUUAUCAAUAAAUAAAUAUAUAUUAUGUCGUGUUAAAACAUUUUUUUUCAACUCAUUUAUACCUCUCUCUUUUUCA